GAUAUUUUGAAAAAGCCGUCCUGAGGCAUCUCUGCGCAAUAGGCACUUUGCUCUCUGGAAAACCAGCUUAGGACAGAGUGGGGAAAAUGAACCUGAACAUACAGGCUGGUGGCCCCCAUGCCACUUGUGGCAGUGCAGGGGUAAGGUCAGGCCUUGGCAUUGCAAAAAAUGUGUGUGACCUGAGGGUGUGAUCCUAACUGUGCUCAGGGGCAGGCAAGUCAGAAUCUUACUCUUUAUGGACCUGCCAAGCGGAAAAUGUUUAUUUGCUGCUCUGGAUCCACGAUCUAGGAGAAAAGAAUAAAAGUGAUUUAACCUCCAAUGUGAGGAAAAUCACCUGACUGAGCAGGACACAGAGGACAAAUGGGACAGAGGGCCUUACCUUGCCCGGCCAGAAGGGAUGGGGAAACAGAGGCUGCUCGGCAGAAUGGCCACGGAGGAGCGGCACCUCUCCUCCAGCUGUGGGUCCUUCAUCAAGACCGAGCCCUCCAGCCCAUCUUCUGGCAUCGACGCCAUCAGCCACCACAGCCCAAGUGGCUCCUCCGACGCUAGCGGUGGCUACGGCAUCGCCAUGGGCGGCCACCCCAAUGGCCUAGACUCACCACCCAUGUUCAAUGGCACGGGGAUUGGUGGUGGCUCCUGCCGUAAGCGUUAUGAUGACUGCGCCAGCGCCAUCAUGGAGGACUCGCCCACCAAGUGCGAGUACAUGCUCAAUGCAAUCCCCAAGCGGCUGUGCCUGGUGUGCGGGGACAUUGCUUCUGGGUACCACUACGGCGUGGCUUCCUGUGAGGCGUGCAAAGCCUUCUUCAAGAGGACUAUUCAAGGGAAUAUUGAAUACAGCUGCCCGGCCACCAAUGAAUGUGAGAUCACGAAACGGAGGCGCAAGUCCUGUCAGGCCUGUCGCUUCAUGAAAUGCCUCAAAGUGGGGAUGCUAAAAGAAGGUGUUCGUCUGGAUCGAGUCCGUGGAGGCCGUCAGAAAUACAAGAGGAGACUUGAUUCUGAGAGUAGCACUUAUCUGAGCUUACAGAUCCCUCCCCCAGCUAAAAAGCCACUGACUAAGAUCGUCUCCCACUUGCUGGUGGCUGAGCCAGAGAAGAUUUAUGCCAUGCCUGAUCCAACCAUGCCGGAGAGUGACAUCAAAGCCCUGACAACCCUCUGUGACCUGGCAGACAGGGAACUGGUCGUGAUCAUUGGCUGGGCAAAGCACAUCCCAGGGUUCUCCAACCUCUCCCUUGGGGACCAGAUGAGCCUCCUGCAGAGUGCUUGGAUGGAAAUCCUCAUCCUGGGCAUUGUGUACCGCUCCCUGCCGUACGAGGACAAGCUCGUCUAUGCUGAGGACUACAUCAUGGAUGAAGAGCACUCUCGUCUGACGGGGCUGCUGGAGCUCUACCUGGCCAUCCUACAACUGGUGCGCCGCUACAAGAAGCUUAAGGUGGAAAAGGAGGAGUUUGUGACACUCAAAGCUCUGGCCCUCGCCAAUUCAGACUCCAUGCACAUAGAAGACAUGGAUGCAGUGCAGAAACUCCAGGACCUUCUCCACGAAGCCCUGCAGGACUACGAGCUGAGUCAGCGCAACGAGGAGCCCCGGCGAGCAGGCAAGCUGCUCCUGACCUUGCCCCUCCUGCGGCAGACAGCCGCCAAAGCUGUGCAGCACUUCUACAGCAUCAAACUGCAGGGCAAGGUUCCCAUGCAUAAACUCUUCCUAGAAAUGCUAGAGGCAAAGGUCUGACAGCCCCAGCGCCAGCCGACAGUGGCCGGGGAACAAACUAGAAACAAAGAUGCAGACAACGGAGCAAUCCAAACAGCAGCAGCAGCCACCGCCGGCUUUUAUCUCCAAUCAUUUAUUAUGGAAGAAUUAUUUAAUGUCUAUCUGCCGGCGUGACUGCAGAAUUUCGUGUACAGGAGGGGGGAAACUUUUAAUCAGUCACCUGUUUCAGUUUUUUUCGUUUGUUUUCUCUGUGGGAAAUACCUGAAUAUGCUCUUGCACUUGUUGAGGCGGUCAUCGGGGCUCAGCCUCUCUGAGCAGUGAUGCUCUCAGCACUGUCCAGGCCGCCUGCUCCCCAGCUCCCUCCGCCAGUGCUGGAGGGGGAGGGGGACAGAAGCAGGAAAAGAGGAAGAAUAGAGUCAAUAUAAACUUUUAUCUGCUGGUGUUGUGAGGGGUCAGAUAGAAAGGGAAGCAGCCAGGGUCCUUCUUUUUGUCACCUUUCUGGCUCUAACCAUAGAGCAGAUGCUCCUUUGGAGAAGAGCGCUGCCGGACCUCUCCUGAUCAAAAUGGCUGCCUCCGAGGCUCCUCUAGUGACAGCUAACACUUGUACAUACAGGCCCCACUUCUUACAGGAAAGAUGCUCCUAACUGUGUAAGAUAUUCUGCGCCCUUGUACAGUGUGUCAUUACGCCUGGCUAGUCCCUUCCAUGUACAAUCCCUGCAGGCCCCUGGAGAGGUAGGAUGUAUGUCCCGGGAGAAUGCAAGUCUCCUUUCCCAGACGGCAAGAAAAAGAGAAAAGAGCCCUAUGUUGUGCUUCAGUGCUGGGUUGACUUGAUAAUCUCUGCAUCCUCUCCUAUGUGGUGCUAACUACAUACAAUUCUUCCACACUUUUCACCCCAUAGCGUAUCAAACCUGCCUCUUCAGCUCAGCUGAGUGCCAUUCCCCACUUACUCCUUGUGGCAGAGAACACAGGGCUUUGUCUGCAGGGUUACUGCCCAAGUAUAAAUACAACCUGAACCAGGGCUUUCAUAGACUUCAAUAAAGUGAUAGCUCUUCGCCCCUACAGCGACUUAGGCUUAUUGCCAAAUGUUAGUUAGGAAUCAAGGGCACUGCUUUUUGGAGGAGGCAGCUCUUGAGCCUGAGAGAUUGCUUUUUUGUGGCAGCCUAGGGAAAUAAAUUAGAGAGUGGCAUGAAACCCCUGAUGUCCCAGCUACUGUCUUCCCCUGCCUCAUCCCAUUAUCCUCAACAGCAGCAGAAGAGCUAGCACAGAUUAUACUAGGGCCUGGUAAGAUGGGAAAGCAAAUACCUGACCCUGAGGUGGUGGGCGAAGAAGUGGGGGAAUGUUCAUUUACUAGUCUCACGUAACCAGGUUCCUGCUGUCUCUAAACCCUGGUUUAGAUCUGCUGCCUAAGCUGCAACUGCUGCAUUCCCAGUAGCCAGAGGGGAAUGUGGGUGACUGACAAAACUGGCUGGUGGCAUUCUCUGAGAUUUUUAUUUUCUAGGUCACUUAGUUUUGAGCCAGCCUGAGCUGAUGAAACCUGAAUGUAUUUUCUGUUUUGUGGUCAGUGGCAUGGCAGUAGAUGUGAGAAAAAGCCUCCGAUCUAUGCUGAGAGACCAGUAGCUCUACUGCCUGGUCCCCUCAAGCUUCCGUCCCUUCCUGCCUAACCCAGGAGAAAGGUGGUGUGGCAGAGGAGUAACGUGCCCCUGGCAGGAAGCCUUCCACAGGGCCGAGGCGUGUGAUCAGGGAGACGCUGGGUGCUUGUUUUCUGCUGGAGCAGAGUAUGUCGCAGCAGGGCUGUCAGGGCUGCAGAACCGUGCCCAGGCUAGCUCGGAGCCUGGGGCUGCUAACUGGUGCCGACCUCUCGGCUCUUGUAGCCAGCCCGCUCCUGGUACUUGAGUUAGUUCAGUUCCGUCUCCUCUGAGUUUUCCCUCCGGUACACAGGCAUCGCUACUCUCACUUACGUUGUACUCACUAGAUAAGGGAAUUUAGUCUUGCUUCAGGCACAUUAGUAAACCAACAGAGACCUGAGGGGCAGAAGGCACGUGGGAGCUGGGACUGCUUCCAUGUUCACAGCGGUAGCAAUUACACAGUGGCCUUGUGCUUUGAACAGAUAUUUAUGCUUCUCUCCCCAGCUCCCUCCCAGAGGCAGCUGGGGAGAAAAUGAGAGGCUUUUGGUUGUGCUCAUGAUCCCUGUACCCAUCUGUGACUGCAAGGGACCAAAGUGAAAUGCACACCACCACUACAGAGCUAGCUUGCCAUGUGCUGCGCUCUGGCAACUCUUUCUGGCUGUGGCAUAAAUGCUCUCACAAACGUGCUGAGCUGCACUAUCACCUCUAAGUUUGACUCACUUGACCACUGUUGCUUCCCUGCCAAGUCCCACCCAGCUCAGCCACAGCACAUCGUGUCCGACCUGCUGUGCGAAGGCAGCUGUCUCAAAGUGGGCUGAAAAGAUCCCAAGAAGCAAUUCUUACUUUGUUGGGCCCUGGCUGGAAAGGUCACGUGCGGGGGGAGGGCGGGAGGGGGAAGAGAAAAAGAAAGGAUCUGUCAGCUUUGUUGUAUUUGAACUCAGACCUGCUUUCCAGAACAGGGAGGGAGAACUAGCUACAAAACGUGAUUAUGGAGAGCUGCCGAGUUAGCUUCUAGCCCACAGACACUGCUGGCUAUUUAGAGGGCUAUGGUAGGGAGGCAAUUCCUGCCUUGGCAGAACAACAUAAAGAUACCAAAUGCAUUUUUUUCCGGGACCUUCUUUCUGCAUUAUAGCUGUAUAACCUUGGAGCCCAUCUGGAUAUCCCCCCAUUGCUUGAAGAUAAUAUGCCUGGAAAUGUUUGCAUUGCUUCUGAAAUAGGAUGGGAACUGAACCAGGCAGUAAUUAGCAUAUAUUAAUCUCUUUAAGCAAGGAAUACAAACUCUUCCCCAGGAACUGGGACAGAAACACCUGUCUAGAUUUAACCCCUAAAAGGCUUGUACCGUCUGAAAUUGGGAACCAGGUCGGGUCUCUUGGGCCCUUCAGACCAGUGCAGGAAACACAUACAUCCCUUCCCAGUUACUCUAAUCUGCUGUGCGUCACUAGUGCUAUCAUGCUGCCACAAGCAAGGAGCACGUCCAGCUACGCAGCGAGCUGGGCUUGCAGAGAAAGGUAACGUCUUAGUGUAGUCCUCUCAGUGCGCUUUUAAGUAGGAAGGGGGGCUUCAGCAGCUGCCUAGGUCUUUGAAUGUUCACAGUCUCUUACAAAAAAAUCUGGGGAUGGGGAAGCUGAGACGUGAACUAGGAGAGGGGUGCUGGGUCAGUGCUCUGCAUGUCAUUCAUUUGUAAUACAGGAGUCACAGCGUCAGUGCCAUACAGCUGUCCUUCUGCAUGGGGCAAAAGGUGAUGGAGCUUGAGCCUUGGGACACAACUGGGCUCUAUGACUUAAAGAAAAGCAGUAGAGGUAAGUGUAUCAGUGACAGUGAAUAAGCACGAAGCCCAUGUCCAGCAACUAUGGUAAAAGUAGCUCCAGCCCCUGAUUUGCAUGUGUGGGUAACAGAAACCACAUACCUGUCAGCUACUACAAAAGGCACUUCUUCCCAAAUGACCAGCUCUUCUGUUUUGGGCACAUUCUUCUCUGGGCACAGCAGUAUCAGGCCUGUAACGCAAAACAAAUUUCAUGGGGAUCAAUUAAAAGACAAGGUAAAAUACCACACAGAAUUAGGUUUCUGGGGAAACUUGGGCAUUACACCUCGCAGCAAAACUGUGAAGCUACAAGAAACACCCCCACAACAAUCAGAACCUUGCAGUAUUGCUCAUGCUAAGGGGGCAUUAUUCUUCUCUCUGUAAGCUAUGUCAUCCUUUUUUUUUUUUUUUAAAGUAUUACAAAUAUAUAAAAUACAACAUGCUGCACCAGAAACAUGUAAGCAGCUAUUAGAGGGGAAAGUCAUUAAGACCCUAGAAUGUAACUUGUUGAGCUUUUAUUACCAAUUGGAGCUGAGAAAAAGAGCUUCCACUUUGUAUCCACAAGCUAUAAUCAAUCAUAUGGCCAAAGGCCACUCUGUUGUUCUUGUGGCUGGGUUAUGUGGAGAAGCCAGAGAGACAGAGGCUGUGAGAAUGAUGCAGGGAGUUAUAGGCAGUCAGUGAAAUAAACAGUAUCUACUUAACUAUUAUCUGCUCCUUAAAAAAAAAAAAAAA